UGCCCGAAGUGCCAGACGUCAUGUCUCUCCCCGUGCCUCUCAUCUCUCAGAUCGUGGGGGGAAUCAACAUCAACGCGGCAUAUUUGACUUCAGAUCCUCUUCACCCUCCUUCUCACUUCGAGCUAGGCCAAUCCUCCAGGCGCAGAGGCAUCCAUCCCGCAACUCCCUCUACUGCCAUACGUGAACGGUCCCUUUCGUAUCUGGCGCCUUCUGUCAGCGGGAGGUUUUGCCAGAGCUAUCGGAGCUGAAGACAUAGCAUCAGGUCGCUUGCUGUGCCUCAAGGUUUUUGCGAAGGACACACUCAAGUACCAUGGUACAGGAAAGGGUCUCCUGAAAGAGUUGGAGGUUUACAAGCGUAUUGCGUCCUCGAGGCAGCGCUGUCCUGCAACGAUAUUCUUGAUGGAAUUAGAGAUGUCCUUUCAGACAAAGAAAAACGUUUGUUUCGUCAUGGAUCUAAUGGCGAAUGAUCUAACAUAUUAUAUGGACAUCGAGUCUGCACAUUGCGUCAAGAAUGCUCGCAGGUGGAGCGCACAACUAGCGCUUGGCAUCAAUGCUUUACACAGCAUGGGCAUCAUCCAUCGUGAUAUCAAGGCAGAAAAUGUUCUGAUCGAUAUACGACAGAACGUGCGCAUUGCUGACUUCGGGCUCAGUUAUAUCGGCGAGCCAAAGCCUCUGAUUCCAUGGUGGGAUUAUUCAUCCAGCGUCAAGGGUACUGAACAUUGUAUGGCACCUGAAAUCCUGCACAACAUGGAAGAACCGGAUUCUAUGAAAUACGGGAUGCCUGUGGACUGGUGGGCAUUCGGAUGUGUCCUGUACCAGCUUGUUUUGCCGCCGGCCCAUAAGGAGCUCUUUGACGGGAAGGACUCCAUAAUGAAGUAUGUUGCUUGGCACGCUGAGCAUUACGGAACAUUCGACUUGUUCCCCGCGUUUCAUCAACUUGAUUCCCUUGUGGCGGAUUUGCUCGUAGGGUUGCUCCAUCCCCUUCCCAUAUUGCGGUACGGGUUCCAACAGAUUACUAGUCACUGGUAUUUCUUAAACGAAGAUGGCACAUCGGAAUUUCACGGGGCCUGCUCUCGCGCUCUCCAGCGCGCAGAAGAGCCAGAGAUGUUACCGCACUUGUGGGAUGAAGAGACUAGUGCCCAACCAGCAAACAUCUGGUGCGCCGAACCUCCUGGGAUGUUUAUGCUUCCAAAUGUGGAUUGGAGAAAGCCCAGGCCGUGAAUCGUUUCUUUCCUAUGAUGCUUCCAGUUUGUAACGAUUUCAUCACGACUUUCUCUAUAUCAAGCUCUCCAUUCUACUGUGCCUCCCU